GGGCCAGCAGAGGAAGAUCUCGGAUUUCUUUGGGGUGCUGAAGUCGCCGCCAGCGGGAGGCGCCGGGAUGCCGAGGAGCCGCGGGCUCAAGGAGCAGCCCCUGGAUCCCUUUUCCCCUGGAGCUCCUGCUUCCUUCAGCCAGCCCUGCCCUUCCCUGCCUCCUCCCAGGGCACAUUCCAGGAAAAGAGCAAUUCCCAAAGCCGAGCAGGAGCUCUGGGAGGAACCUGAGGAGAAACUCCCAGAGCUGGGUGGGAUCCAGCAGGAAUGGGAGGAGCUGGAGGUGGAGCCCCUUCCCGAUCCCCACUUCGGGCUGCUGGGCACGCGGAGCUGGCAGCUUCCUCAGGGAUCCAUGGAGGAUCUCCCUCCUGAAAUCCUCAGGAAUAUUUUUGCUUUCCUGCCAGUUGUGGAUCUGUACCAGAACCUGAGCCUGGUGUGUCGCUGCUGGAGGGAGAUAAUCCGGGAUCCACGGUUCAUCCCCUGGAAGAAGCUGUACCAGCAGUUCCUGAGGAGGGAGCCCUCGGCCCUGCUGAGGGUGGAGCAGAUCCUGCAGGAAUUCUGCAUCACCCAGGGGCAGCAGGGCUGCGUGCUGGGGCUGCUCAGGUUGGUGGCAUCCACGGGAGCCAGGCUGGAUCCCAGCAGGCUCCUCCAGCUCUUGGGAACCCAUCCCCUCUUCCCAAAGGCUCACUUCUGUGUCCUCAGCAAAUUCCCAGAUUUGCUCAGCAAGCCUGGGGUGAGUUUCACUCUUAUUUCUUUUUUAUUUCUUUUAUUUCUGGGUUGUUUUUUUUUUUUUUUUAACACAUUCCUGCAGUGUCCCCCAAGCCUCUCUCUGUGGUGUUUCUUGUCACCAAAUGGAUUUGGAGGAAUUCUGGAGCUCUGUUUGGAUGGGGUUUGGUUCCUCAGCUGGAAGGAAUGA